AUGACGACCAAAGCCCAUCAUUACAUCGACCAGCUCGAGGCCGCCCGCUGCGACGGCAGCUGGGACACUGUGCCUGAGCUCGUUCGCAAAGUCCGAAAGCACGCUUCCGACAGGAAAUGUCUCACUCUGGCCGCCGAGACCGAGUGCGCCAUCUCAAAUGCCACGACAGCUGGAGCGAGGACCUCCGCCUCGACCACCGCGCGUGACCUCGACGUCACCACCAGAGUACCAACGCUCCUGGGUGCCAUUGACGAGGAGCGCGUGAACCACGAAGACCGAUUCCAGGCUCAGGUAUGCGUCGGCUGGCUACACUGGGUCGUGGGUGAAUACAACUUGGCGGUCGAGCGCCUGCCCGCGCGACUGCAAGACGAGGGCACCAAUCUCGACCCUGCCUCCCUGUCCCACGAAUGGACACACGUCUGCGCCCUCAAGUCGGCUUACCUUCGUGCAAAUUGCUUGAUGCGCGACGGCCGGCGGACGGAGGCCCUCGAUGCGCUCAAAGCUGUCGCGCCGGCCCUGAACCGCACUCUGACCGGAAAAGUCAGGAAGCAGCUGCGCUACUGGUCGGAACUGUUCCUGACAGAGUACUGCAUGCUGUCGAGCGGCUCCGUCGACCGCGAGGAGGCGUCUCUGGAGGAUCCCGCAACGCUCGUACCGUUUCGCUCGUGGGCCAAAUACUGGGACUCUAUGCAGGCGCCGGGCACCGGUGGCUAUGGAUUCAAAGGUUCAGUUCCGCGGAGGCAGAUCUGGAACGAAUACUACAUGACCUUGUCUCGGAUACUAGAGAACGAUCUACCGUACCAGCCUGGCCACUUAGGGGGCCUGCCCGUCUCGGCCGACUCCUCACCACGAAGCCAAUUGCGCGCCGAGCUCAAGUAUGUGGAGACGACCUACCGCUCCCUCCUACUCUCAGAGACAUCGUUUCCAAGGGCAGACGAGGAGAGAACCGAGGUCGAAGCCUUCGUCCGGCGCGUGAUCAAGAACUGGACCAUUCUCUGCGGACGGGGCUGGCGCGAGGAAGACGUCGGUCCGGGGGGCAGGUCUGCAAUCAGCCGGGGCGUCCUGGAGACCCUCUACAGUGCGGCAACCAGAACAUAUCACUCGACCGCUAUUCUACGCUCUCUAUUCCUUGUUCAUACCUCCCUCGCCGAUUUCGACCUCGCCCUAAAAGCCUUUGACUCGUACCUCGAGAUCGUCAAAAAGGGAAAGGCUCGUGUGGAAAAGACGGGCGAGAUUGAGCCGAGUCUAGACGAUGACGGCACCGUUUUGGAAACAAUGUCGUUGGCCGUCAUAGCCCUCUGCCGGUACGGACAUCAAAAAGCGGGCGAGAAAGCACGGCGCCUCGGUGCAGAGCUCGAGGACUGGCUGUCCAAGCUGCCCCAAAGCAAACACACCGCAAAUGAGAACGGCACCCCUUCAAUAGCCGAGGAGGUAACGAACGGAGACGUGGAGCCCUGGGUCGCGCCGCACAUCGUGGCCCUGGCCUGGCAGGCCAUUGGCCUAUCACACGCGCAUUGGUCGAGGCUCACCUAUGAGGCGGGCUCGAGGACGGAGAUACAGUCAAAGGCCAUUAGGUGUCUGCGAAAGUCGUUGUCCCCGGAGUAUGGCCGCUCCAAAGACAUCAGAAGCUUUUUCAGCCUGGCGCUCUUGCUGGCUGAGCGCAGAGAGCUGACGGCGGCCAUUGAACUGACAAAGACUGCGUUGAUGUCCAACAAGGGCAGGGAAGAGGGCUACGACCUCCUGUGCGGAUCAUAUUGGCAAGAGAGAACUCUCAUUCCGCUGUGGCAUCUUCUCGCCCUUCUGUUGAGCGCCAGGCAGGACUACACCUCGGCCAUUCGGGCUUGCGAAGGUGCGCUGGAGCAGUUCAGGGACUCGUCGGUCCUCUUUGGAAAGGGCGGUUCAGGCUUUCGCAGCGAGCAUCUCAACGAUGCCGGUGCGGACAGCGUCGCACCGGAAUCGCGACAUGGCCUGGUGGAUGAGAUGGAUGAUUCGGAGAAGCAGAGCAUCUUGGAGAUCAAGAUGACGGAGCUUGCCAUCACUGAGCUCAUGGAUGGACCGGACGCCGCCGUGAAUGCGAGCUACGAGCUGUUGACCCUCUUCUCACGGCUAUACGGCAGCGUUACGGUGCAGACUACGAACUUGACGACACCAGCGCAGCCCCCCAAGACAUCGGGCACCUUUAGGAGCAUCAGAGGCAGCAUCUUCGGAUCGAAAGUCGACCGCUCAAGGCCACCUACAAGGCAACCAAGCGCAUCCACCCUCAGUGACGAGAAGUCGAACGGCGCCGUGCCAAGGCCAGCGACGACACAAACACAAGCCACGGUGAGGCCGAUGGUGCACGUCACGGAAGAGAACGGCGUUCAUGUGGCUGGGUCCAGAUCGCGGAGAGCCGGCUCAAGUCACAGGCAGAGGAGCGAGUCUGGGCGCAGAAACAGUCUCAAGAAGAGGGAAAGGAACGACAGCCGGCCCCGUACGGACACCACGGGAAGCUUCUCGCCACAGGCAACCAUUGUCGAUGGCGAUGCGUUCUUUACGCCCGGUGCGGAGCUGGAGCAAGGAGACGUUUCCUUCUCGACAAAGUCGUCUCAGACUCGCAUGUCGUCGUUUGCCAAGUCCAAAACGACGUCGCCUCUGAACUCCUACCUCUCGAAUGCCUCAAAGUCAACUGAUUUCACCGAAAUAUCAGUCGAUGUCAGCCACGCAACACCGAGCCUACUCCCCCUGGUGCAGUUCCCCAAGGAGAAGGAGAGGAGCCAGCGUAUUGCGAUGCUCGUGGGCAUCUGGCUGACUAUAGCCGGAUUCUAUCGUCGGGCUGGCUUGCUCGAGGACUGCAAGGGCGCGAUCGCUGAAGCACAGAAGCUGGUCCAUGGUCUCGAGACGGAAAUGUCUCAAGAUCAGUCAAUAGCCAGCGGAUCGAAGACGGUAACUUGGGGCGAAAAGAAGAGCGUCGACGACCUGUGGGGCGAUGUGUGGUCCGAGCUCGGCCUCUUAUCCCUGGCCCAGAACGAACCGUACACGGCCAGAUCGGAUUUUGAGUAUGCCCUGACGCACUGCCCAGAUCAUCCUGCUGCAACGGUUGGCUUGUCCAACAUUCUGCUAGACACUUACAGCGAAAAACUCUUACCAACGCCGGCCGUGCCGCCCCUGGAGAAUGCAGAGCCAUCACUCGAGUCCUUGACGCAUGCGCUGUCGGACGUGUCGCGAGACGAGGCGGUGAAGUCGCUUCCUUCGGUUCCCCUUGGGCUCGGCUCGGCCGCAGUCCCGCAGCCGCAAGUCAAAUUCGCCAAAUCCACGCCAUCGCCGGUCGGUGACGACCAGCUUCCGGCCCCCUACAAGGCCACUCGACUGCCGCUCAUCGAUCGGCUUGCGGCUCGGGAUCGAGCGUUUGCCCUUUUAUCCGGCCUCACACGUCUCGGCACUGGCUGGGACUAUUCCGAGGCGUGGUUCGCCUUGGCCCGAGCACACGAGGAGAGCGGCCAGCCGGACAAGGCGAAAGAGGUGCUGUGGUGGUGCGUUGAGCUGGAGGAGGCCAUGGGGGUGCGCGACUGGCGCUGCCUGGGAGGUGGCAGCUACAUCAUCUGA